AUGAUUCUUUGCCGUGCUCGUGUUUUCAAAGCUGCGAGGAUGUUUUCGACACUCGUUGGUCACUCCGGUCGCGAGUAUGUGCGCCAGAAGGUACUCCAGCGCCAUCCUACGAAACCGGCGCUUGAUAUCCACCUUGCACUCUGCGAUGGCAAACCAUUCGUUUUGAAACCUGUUUCCCGGUCAAUCUUUGAUCUCUUGCAGGAGUUCAAGGACGAGUUUGGUAAUAAUCCUCGCCUCCGAAUCCACGUAGACGACAAUGAAAAGGAAAGUGUACUUGUUUACGAGUACUUUAAGAGCGAUCUGCUUUCGUUGGUAGAGAAUUAUCCAGCCCUUCCGCUAGAGGCAAGAAAGACAAUUCUGAAAGAGGUUGGGCUAGGACUGAACGAUAUUCAUGCAAAGCAUUGGAUACACUUAGACAUAAAGCCUAAUAAUGUCUUUCUCAAUUGGUAUGUGGACGAGAAGGAUCGAUUCCAUCUAGAAAAGGUGGCAUUGGGCGAUAUGGACUGUGCUUUGAAACUAGAAGGCCAAAAGCUUCUAAAUCAGAGGAUGGGAAACGUCAUGUGGCGCAGCCCGGAAGGGCAACUAGGGAAGGGUGUUGGGAAACCUUCGGAGGUGUUCUCUUUUGCACUUCUAUGUCUCUACGUAAUCACGGGCGCGCAAUGUUUUCACCCAGACUUCGAGAACCUUGAUAUUGAACCCGAGCCAGUGAUUUUGUUCAAGUUGCUUUCGGCCUUCGGCCCGCUACCGGAUGCUCUCGUAAAGCAUGUCAAUGACGAGGAAGCGGCAGCGCUUUUAAAGGGCCUGUGGCAGGCCAUAGCAGAAGACGACGAAUUAAACGAGACUUUUGAGCAAUGGUCUGAGGAGAUGUUUCCUAACCUUGACAACGAGGCAAAGAGGUUGAUAUUGAGGAUGACAAAUCUCGAUCCAGCGAAAAGAGCAUCAAUGUCGAACAUUAUAAUGGAUUCUUAUUGGAACUGA